AAAUGAACAUGCCCCGGGGCCAGGAUCCACGCGGAGCUGGCGCCCCCCACGCCCAACACAUCCCCUUUUUACAAGGCCCGUUCCUAUCCGCACCCGUACGCGCGUGCCCUGCGGCUUCUUGUUCCACUGGACCGCAGGCUGUACCAUGUAAACCAGGCCAGCGAGGGGCGAAGCCCGGCACCCCCUGCGCGGGCCUCCCUGAUGGCUCGACCCGGAUAGCCCCUCUUCCCACUGUGCGACAGGAAUGGUCCAACUCGCCGCGCAAGCGCCCUAGGCCCUUCAGGUCCUGGCGCUCCCUCCUACCCAACUUGCAGCGCAGGCGCGGAGCCCAGGCGUGCAGCCGCCACCGCCGAGCCGGAGCGGGGGCCUGAAGCGCCGUAUCCCUCUCUACCUGCCGAUAUCCUGCACUGGAGAAGAACUUGUGGCCAGAAGUGUGGCUGUAGAGAGCUGGCCAGGGAGGGACGCUGCCCAGCUGCUGCUCUGCUUCUAGCUCCUGUCCCUUCCCCCUGGCCAUGACAGACACCCGUGAGCCAACUGAGACUGGAGGCUAUGCCAGCUUGGAAGAAGACGAUGAAGACCUCUCCCCAGGCCCCGAGCAUUCCUCUGACUCCGAGUACACUCUCUCAGAGCCGGACUCUGAAGAGGAGGAAGAGGAGGAGGAGGAGGAGGAGGAGACCACCGACGACCCCGAGUAUGACCCCGGCUACAAGGUGAAGCAGCGCCUGGGGGGCGGCCGAGGGGGCCCGUCCCGCCGGGCCCCUCGCGCAGCCCAGCCCCCGGGCCCCCCGGCCCAGCCCUGCCAGCUCUGUGGCCGCCCGCCCCUUGGGGAGGCACCACCGGGCACCCCACCUUGCCGGCUCUGCUGCCCCGCCACAGCCCCCCAGGAAGCGCCAGCCUCUGAAGGCAGGGCCCUGGGGGAGGAAGAGGAGGAGCCGCCUCGGGCUGGGGAGGGGCGGCCGGCUGGGGGGGAAGAGGAGGAGGACGAGGAGGAGGAGGGCACGUUCCACUGUACGGAGUGCGAGGAUGCCUUCGACAGCCUCGGGGAGCUGCAUGGACACUUCAUGCUGCAUGCCCGGGGUGAGGUGUAGGCAGAGCCCCCCCACCCAGGGAGCUUGGCAGAAGGGGCAGGGUGGGAGGAGGGAGCUGGGGGAGCGAGGUGGUCGCGGUGGUCACGGGGCU